CCGCCCACUGUCGAGCAGAUUCUUUCAAGCUUGGCUCCGGCGUUGUCUCGACUCGUCUCGUUGCGUCUUUCGCGUUUUGGUGUCUUGCUGCUCGUGGUUGCUUAGGUUUUGGAGUCCCGACGAGUUGGCGCAGAAGUGAGGAUUCGGAGGAGAGCUAGAGCAAGGGAAGUACAUUAUGCAGGGUCAUCAAGGGAGAGCUAGGUCGGGGGGCAGGGGAGGAGUUGGAGGCGGAGGCGGAGGCGGAGGCGGAGGGUAUCAGUACCAUCGCCAUGGCUUCCAUCCCUACGCAACAACUGGAUGGCAGCCUUAUGGCUUGGGCAGCUACGAAGGGCAUCACAUGCAGCACCAUGGGGGAUUUAACCCGUCGUAUGUGCGAGGAGGGGUUCCCCGAGGAGACAUUUUGCCUUUGGGAGUGCAAGGAGCUGGGAUCUUGAAGAGACCGACCGGCCCGCCGCAGGGGCCUUUGUUGCAUGGUCGAGGUCAUCAGCGGGGACGUGGUCGAGGUUCUCGGGGUGGACGCGGUAGCCGUGGUCGUGGUAGCCGGGACAAUGAUCAAAAGCCCUUGACAAAAGAAGCACUUGAUGCUGAUUUAGAUGAGUGGCGAAUGAAAGACAAGAAGAAUGCCGGAAGUUCGUUGGACACGGAACUGGACGAUUACUGGAAGAACAAUAAAGAAGAAGAAGAUCCCACUGAUAAAGACGAUGGAGAGCUCUUGGAGUCUGCACCAGCUGCUGCUGAAGUGCCUGUAGCUUCUAAGUCUGAAAGCUCCAAAACUAUCAAACCCGCUGCCAAAAAAUCUAACGGGGCAAGACCAAUUGACCGUAGUAAUGGAGGAGUUCCGGAGGCAUCUAACGGCGAAUGAACGAAGCGUGAUGUGUAGUGUUGUCAUUGGUUACUGGCAUUACCUUGCAGUAUUCUUGGAGAAGAAUUAUGAGGAUAUUUUUCGCCAUGAAUGGGCAUGAUGACGAUUUUUACCAGGGACUUGCAGGCAGUUAUAGCUUUAUUGACUCCCACAUUGGACGGGGCGGUGAUUCUCAGCCAUAUACAGGGGGGUUGAAUUGCAUUGCAGAAAUUAGCAUGGCUGAUGCAGUGCUCGAUACCUGAAUCACACCAGGGACCUGACUCAUACUUAUGCAGAAAUAGAUACAGAAUGUGCUCUCAUUCUGUGGAGAACAGUUGCCCAAAGCAGUAUUUUGGAUUAACCUGGCGACCUUCAUCCUCCGCUUAGAAGUUGGAGCCAACUUCUUCUUGUUCAUUUCAGCAAGUAUGAGACUAUUAUAUAUAUCGUGGCUGUUCUGUAAGCUUCCGAAAAACGUUCUUGUAGAUUGACAAGCAGAUCUCGAUUCUACAUCAUUACUUACUGGCUAGUAGUAAGUUUUCCGGAUGGAAUUUGACACUUUUUGAAAUCUAUGUGGAAAACGGAGCUAUGUCACUGAACUCACACCUAAACAAAGAGUACGGAAGGGCGUGAACUUUAACGUUGAAAGUGAA